AUGGCAACGAAAUGGAUCUCCGAGUGCAUGACUUACGGUAAUCACAGCCCAUGGCGAGUCACUGCGCCCGCCUUCAAGUCGCACGACGAGCCACUGAUGAGCCUCGCGACGGGAGAUUGCGACUCGGGCCCGCUUCUCGUUCUCGGCGAUACAGUCGGGCGGCGGACUCGCGACGCCCUUUCCGCUUCGACGUUGGCCCACUCCUCUUCGUUCCCCGCGCAUCUCCUGAUACAGUCCGAUGAGCUUCUCCACGACGUCGGCAUCACCGUGUUCGCCUUCGAUGCCUGUCGCCCAUGUUAUUAUACGCGCUCCAACACGCGCACUUCCGAAUUCAGCCUCACCAUCCGUGCGCUCGGUGCCAUCCUCAUGGCCACGCCUCGACUGAUAACCCACAGCACUGGAAUUGGCCACCACCCACCAUCGCGAUCCAGGCCAGCGACUGUCUCCGCCCUCGAGCAGCUCAGGCCAAUUGAUCUCCACCCAUUUUCGCGCAUCGUCGGAGGUUACCUCGCUCUCCACAAGCCCGGCAAACUGCUUGAGUCGGCGAGUGAUCCACGCUGGCUGUGGAAAACACCCCAAAGCGAUUCCAUGCGAGUCACGUACCAGUACCUCCCUCAGACGUUCAACGAUGGUCACACAGAUCUUGUCGUGCCUAGCCUCCUGACCUUCCGCCAAGCGAAAGUAGCACUCAAUCAUUGCGAUCGAGGAGUCAUCACUCGACAUUUUGCUUGCGAUCGGCGCCAUCGCAAUCGGAGGGGCGAGAUAAACCUGAGUGGGAAUGGUGGGAGGUGA